CAAAGAAUUAUUAUGUGGUUGUUUGGAUAAUUUGUAAGAAUUCAAGUUGUUCUCGAUUAUUGCGCUAUUUUCAAGAGCCUUGUUAAUCAGCUGUGCAGCUGAUGUCAUGACACUAUUGACAUUCUUUUGAAGUCAAAUAACAGCACUACAUUUGUUAUUUGCAAAAACAAUGAAACUUUCGCUCAGUAAGCAAUGACCAAUGCUGAUUUGCCAAGCUAAAGAAAAAAAUUGUAUUCUGUUUUCUGUAUAAACAUAUAUUGACAAAAUAUUUCAUCCUUAUGAUACAUUGAAGAAUUUUAAGUCACUUAGAUAGUAUAUACAAAUAUUGUGAAAAUGGAUAACCUUUUCACACAAAAUAUUUCAGAUGAAUUAGAGGAUAUACCACAAACAGAUGAGCCAGUUUGGAUUCUUGGAAAAAAAUACAAUGCCAUAAAAGAACUCAACACAAUUCGUAGGGACAUAAGAUCCAAGUUAUGGUUUACUUAUCGAAAAAAUUUUGUUCCCAUUGGUGGUUACAAUUCUACAUUUACAACUGACAAAGGUUGGGGUUGUAUGCUACGAUGUGGUCAAAUGGUCCUUGGUCAAGCUUUAAUUAUGUUACAUUUAGGUAGAGACUGGCAAUGGACACCAGAAACUAGAAAUAGUGCGUACCUGAAAAUUUUGGAACGCUUUGAAGAUAGAAGAACUGCUGCCUUUUCUAUUCACCAAAUUGCAUUAAUGGGAGCAUCAGAAGGGAAAGAAGUUGGACAGUGGUUUGGUCCCAAUACAAUAGCACAAGUAUUAAAAAAAUUAAUUGUAUUUGAUGAUUGGAGCUCAAUUACUAUACAUGUUGCUCUGGACAAUACAUUAGUAGUUAAUGAUAUUUUAAAGCAAUGUAGAGUAGAAGGAGGUACAACAGCAGAAGCCGAUGGUGAGGUACCAUUGAAAACACCUAGCCAAUGGAAACCUUUAUUACUUUUAAUACCUCUUCGCCUUGGAUUAAACGAGAUUAAUCCUAUCUACAUUAACGGUCUUAAAACUUCAUUCAAAAUCCCACAAUCUCUAGGAGUAAUAGGAGGAAAACCCAAUCUUGCAUUAUAUUUCAUAGGAUGUGUUGGAAAUGAAGUCAUUUAUUUGGAUCCUCAUACAACUCAAAGAUCAGGUAGUGUUGCUAAGAAACUAGAGGAGGAAAAUAUUGAAAUGGAUGCUACAUAUCAUUGUAAAUCUUCUAGUCGUAUUCCUAUUACAGGAAUGGAUCCCUCUGUAGCACUUUGCUUCUUUUGUGCAACUGAAAAAGACUUUAAAUCUUUAUGCAAGUCUAUUCAAGAUGAAUUAAUAAUACCAGAAAAGCAACCUCUGCUUGAACUAUGUGCAGAAAGAUUAGCACAAUGGUCACCAGCUGAAGAUGUUGCUUCAGAAGCAAUAGCAGCUUCAAGUUUUGUAGAUUUUGAACACAUAGAUCCACAAUGUGAUACAUCUGAUGAAGACUUUGAAUUACUUGGUUGA